GCCUGCUCCUUACCUUGAACAAAUUAGAAGAGCCAAGGAGUGGCAGGAUGCCAAAGUUACUUCCACCAUUACACCCACCUUGAAGAAGAUAUGCAUCAAAACAGUGAGUCGUCACAUGGAUGUACUAGACAAGAAAGCUCUUGGUAAGUGUCUUCUUCGAUGCAACCAAGGGAGUUUUUUUUACAUUGUGCUGGACGAAGGACGAUCUUGAUUGCAUCAAAGCUAAGUGUUACUCAGCUAUUUUAGCUAAUGCAUGUACAAUACAUGAAUGGACUGGUACCCAAACUAGCUCUCGAAAACGCUAGGUGGCAUUCUGCCUUCUCCCUACAGUUUUCAGCCAUUAUUAACUUCGCCCACAACUGACUCGUGUGAACUACAAUCCCGACACAGUUUUAACUUUUAGAAACGUCAAUAAUCAUAGCUUGCGAUACGGCUUUUGAAACAUAUGGCCCAUAUCUUUCAUCGAUAAAGAAUCCUUCAAAUAAAAAAAGAAACUAUAUUGUAGGAGUUUUGUCUCCAUCCAACGAAACGACACUUCUUGAAUUACACUUACACACAGGUGUUCGGGGGCAUGCUACACUUAACACAAAUAUAAAUGCAACAUUUAAAGUGUUGCUCCCAUGUUUCAUGAGCUGAAAUGAAAGAGUGCGCAAUUGUCAUGCUGACUGCAGGAUGUCAACAUUGUGAACAGAGUGCCCCGUGGUGGGGUUAGGGUAUGGCCAGGCAUAAGCUAUGGACAACAAACACAAUUGCAUUUUAUCAAUGUCAAUUUCAAUGCAAAGAGAUACCAUGACGAGAUCUUGAGGCCCAUGGUCGUGCUAUUCAUCUGCUGCCAUCACCUCAUGUUUCAGCAUUAUAAUAUACAGUCCCAUGUCACGAGGAUCUGUACACAAUUCCUGGAAGCUGAAAAUGUCCCAGUUCUUCCAUGACCUGCUUACUCACCAAACAUGUCACCUAUUGAGCAUGUUUGGGAUGCUCUGGGUUGACUUGUAGACAGCGUGUUCCAGUUCCCGCCAAUAUCCAGUGGGACAACAUUCCACAGGCCACAAUCAACAGCCUGAUCAACUCUGUGCGUCUCACUGCAUGAGGCAAAUGGUGGUGACAUCAGAUACUGAAUGGUUCUCUGAUCCACAACCCUACCUUUUUUUUAAAAGUAUAGAUCGACAACCACCUGUGCUAAUUGCCUGUUGUCAAACAAGCGCUGUAACAUGGAGAUAUGGCCGUGUGGGCACACUAAUCCUAUCAAGGUGUGAAUCAAUUUGACCUUUUAUUGUUUUUUUGAAAAUUAUUUCUCGCAGAUAUGAAAGAUAAGGUCCUAAUGCUUCCAAAACUGUACCUCAAGCGACGUUUGUUAAUGUUCAGAUUGAGCGUUGGGGCUCUUAACAAAACUCCCCCAUGCAGAAGAAUCCUUUGUCCAAUUACUCUUAUGUGUAAUGACUAGCUAGAAUGUUCCUUACUGACUGUAUUCCUAAAGAGGAUAAACAAGAUAAAAUGCAGUCUGAAUAUCCUGAAAAUUAACUGUUUUUAAUAUGACCCAUUUAGACCUACCAAUCUCACUGAUCAAGGAGCUCCUGCAGCAUUUAAACAUUGUUGAUCUGGAUAGAAUUCAGCCUGCAGUGAACCGGAAAGGAAUCUCCACCUCCUUUGUGUGGGCAGGAAUAUUGAGAAGAAUCUCUGGGCCUCGCAAAGGGAGUACCAUACUCACCGAAGAUGAAUGGAGGGAGAUAAGCAUGCAUAAGCUCUUUAACUUGGCCUUCUAUGGCUUCAGGUUCGGAGGUGAUACAAAAUACCUCCUGAAUGUUAACUUUAACUCCCUUCUCUUAGUCAUGGCCAAAUACAUCCAGCACCUGGUUCUUCGAACAUCACGACCACACGGCUACUUCUUCGCGAGGAGGUCCGUUCUGAGCGUUCUGGAGAAGGGUGUAAGGUGCAUUCAACUGGGAGAGAGCACUCAGCUCAAAGAGUGGCCCAGUGAUGUCUUAUACACCCUGCACCGUUUACUGGACCACGGGGCAGCCCGUGAUGUCAUCAUAAACCAGAGCCCAGAUCCUCGUCUGCUGGCUUGGAUUCUUCAUGGCAGGGGACCUCGGAGUAAAAGCCACCAAUGUCCAAUGGAGUCCAUGCAAGGUGGGAUGGUCAAAUGUUGCCAGGCGCCAAACACUGCAGGACGCAGCGCUAGAGAUGCUGAGGCAGCCAACUGCCAGGUCCCCGAGGAAGAGGAGCCUGAUGAAGAAGAUAAUAAUGGUGGGACCCCAUGCAAGCGUCCAAGGUUGAGUAUUGCCUCUGCGAAGGCAGAUCUUGACUUGACCAGCACUCCAUGCCAAUGUAUGGUCCCCAAGCCAUUGUGCCAGAUGUUUAUUCCCUCGGCUGGUCACUCGGCAGAGAUUUGCCACAAGGGGCAAAUCCAUUCACUAAAGAUCAAUGACUUCAGGGGUGGAGUCUUCCCUGUACUGCUUCCUCUCCUGCCUUCUUGGCUGUGCCUCCACUCUCUAAGCCUGCAAAGUGCUUGGACCUUUGAGGAGGGUGAUGCGUUGAGCCUGGCAGAGUCUCUCCAGCAGCUGUCUGCUACACCAGGCUGCUCCCUGAUUGAGCUGAGUGUGGGGUCCCUGACCCAUCCUGCUCUCAUGGAGUCCCUGCUGAAUGCAUGCCCCACCCUCAGGUCAUUCUCCAUGGAGAUCCACCCUGUAGCAGAGUACCACAGAGCCCCACUGAGAAGCAUUCCCCAGCCUGCAUACCAUGCAGAACUCUCACUGGAGAAGCUGUGUGUGAAAGUACCCAAAUUGAGGACCAGUGUGGAGAGUCUGAUGUGUGUGUUGCUACGCUCUCCUCGCCUCACCUCACUUCACGUCUCAGGAAUCAACAGCUCAACUGGCUUCUCACCCAGCCACCUCCUCAACACAGUGGCAGAGUCCAAUCGCCACCUGAAGGACCUCACCUUGGAGGAUAUCAACCUGUCUGACUGUCACUGUGCAAUCUUCCAGCUACUGGAUAACUACUGUAUGUUGGAAGCGUUGUCAUUGAAGGACUGUCGGCUUCUGGAGAAAUGCAGUGACAAGGAAGAUGUCGUCCGACAGCUGGUUAAUUCUCUCAAAAAGGUUCCAUCUCUCCAGUCUCUCAACCUGGCUCAAAAUCGCCUCGCCAAGACUGUGACAGUUUUGGGGGAACUCUUCAAAGGACCCUCACCAAGCACAGUGAAAGAGCUGGACAUCAGCUCCAACUUCAUCCAGCCUCCUGAGCUGCUAGAGUUAGGGAAGUUGUUGGAGACCCACCGUCCUCCCCAGAGACUACUCCUCACCCUGAAGAGCAACCCACUGGACAGAAACAUGGAGCUGAGGGACACUGCUCUGGGCACGCUCAGUCACCUUUGUGACCUCAUCACCGACCACUGGAACUCCAGGGACACCAUGGCUGACCACAUCAGCAUCAUGUGAAUUAGGUCUUAGGUCAUGCGAAUGGAGUAGGGUGAAGUUGCCUCUAGGUGCUGAUCUUGGGACAGUUUUGUGAGGAAGAGAAAGCUGGUCCUAGACCUCUAGAUAGGGGAACCUUCGCCUCGUAAUCCUGCGAAUUCUGGGUUGUGUUCAUUAGUAACACUAAAACGUUUUGCAAUGGAAAAAAAUAUGAGCAUUGUUUAUUAGACAAGAACAGAUAGUACUUCCCUGUUUCACUCCAGUUCGGACCAACUGAACAUGACCCUGGAUAAAAUGUUGUUCCUUAACCUGAAGUGAACAAACAUUUGCUGCUACCCAAGAGAAGUUCCUGGAAAUCAAAAUUGCUUCAGUUUUAAGUCUUUUGUAAGGAACUUUUGUAAGGAACAAUAUUUUCCAGUUUACAACACAUAUGUGUUGCUGUUUUGUUUGUCAAGGCUGUUGCAGGCCUAAUAAGCCAAAAACAAUGUGUUACAUAAAUACAAGUGGCCUUUAUAUUUGGCAUUUUAAAUUGUGAAAUAAUGGCAUAAGAGCUUAUUCAGCAUCUUUAUUGUUAAUAUAUUGUCAUGUUUGUAAUGCAGCAUCUGCAGCCCUUAAAUCAUGUUUGUUGUUUUUUGGGGGUCAUUGACCUAGAACAGGGAUAGGCAACUGCGGAUCAGUUACUGAGUCACUCAAUUAGCCGAUGUCAUCAAAACAUUUUUAGAUUUCUGGCUAGACUAACUUACCAAUCUAAUCAUGGUCGAAUUACUGACCGGGGGGACCCCAUUUGAUUUUGUAACUUACAGUUUGAUGUCAUAUUAAAACUGCAAACAUUUGUAAUGAAAAUUUGUAUUGUUUGUGCUUUUCUAAUAACCAAUUUCUGUCUUCGAUGUUUGUGCUUUUCUAAUAACCAAUUUCUGUGUUCAUGUAAGUAAGUGACUCAACGAAUCCUCACCAUCAGUAUCUGCAAUUUGGCAGUACGCCCAGAACCUUGUUUUGAGACAUUUUCAAGGUCUCAGCUUGGAGAGAAGAAGGCUUGUAGUAUUGGUCUGUCCCAUGCAUGACCCAAACAUUAAUGAUGAAUUUAUUAUGAAUAAGCUAAAUCAUGCAAAUAUAAUUAGUCUGUAAGCAGUAUAAAAGAUAUCUAACGGGACUGCCCCGAUAGAGCUCCGUGAAGACCGCUACUUUAUGCAUCUACAUUUGACUGUGACCUCUCCAGCUUCCUGUUAAUAAACAAUGAUUCAUUUAA